AUGGCUCAAAUAAUUUUACAACUCGGACAAGCCGGGAAUCAAGUAGGACAACAGAUUUUUGAGACAAUAAUGACAGAUAAUAUGUCCUCUCACUUAAAUUUGCCUAGUGCACUCAGUAAAACGGAUAAACGUUUUUAUGAAUCUUAUAUAAAUGAAUCACUAUCACGCUAUUUUAUUCAACAUGAUGACAAUAAAAAUGAAUUAACAGCAAGAGCUGUUGUAAUCGAUACAGAAUUAAAAGUUAUUCAGCAAUUAUUAACAGAUAAAAGUAAAAAAUGGAAAUAUUCAUCGAAAUGUGUUCACGAAGGUCGAUUGGGUUCUGGAAAUAAUUGGGCAUGCGGUUAUCGAAACGGUACAUUGUCUGAAGAUAAUAUUUUGAAUGCAUUAAGGUGGCAAUUGGAACAAGCUGAUCGUGUCGAUGUUAUUCUACCAAUCUUAUCAUUAGCUGGUGGAACAGGUUCUGGUUUGGGAACAUAUUUUGUUGAAUGUGUUCGCGAUGAAUUACCUCGUUCAUUUAUUUUAACAUCGGUCAUUGUUCCUUACACAUCCGGCGAAGUUGUUGUACAAAAUUAUAAUUCUCUAUUAACAUUAUCUCAUUUAUAUCGCUCAAACGACGGAAUAUUUGUAUUUGAAAAUGACAUAUUACAACACUAUGCAAAAAAACUUGUCGCCUAUUCAGGCAUGGAUCGUUCAACAAAUAUUCGUGAUAUGAAUUUAAUACUUAGUCGACAUUUAUGCAGUUUUUUACAACCUAUUCUAUCGUCGACAACAACAUCAACAUUCUCUGAAUUAAAUCAAUUGUUAGAAUGUCUUGUACCACAUGCAUUUUAUAAAUUGUUAACAAUUCGUUGUGUACCACAAUUAUCAGAGCAAGCAAUUGAUUUUAGUUCCUAUAAAUGGUCUGGUUUAAUUCGAUCAUUACGUCAGAUGUAUUUGAAUAAUUCUUAUCUUGAUGAAGGACUUGAUUGGACAUUGAAACCACAUCAAACCCAUACAAAAUCCAUUUCUAAUUGUUUUCUUGCACGUUCAUCGGUAGAUGUUACAAAUUUGCAUGAUGAAAUUGAUAAAUAUUUUCAAAAUGAACAUUUGUAUACUCAGAAUGUGUUAGUAUUCGAUAAUUUAUAUUACAAAACAUUUUCGUGUGAAAAAAAAUCCUAUUUAAAUUAUGAAAAAUUUUUAACAUUAAUAAGUAAUUGUCAAACACCAAUCUAUUCAAUGGAUAAAAUAUUAACGAAAGCAUGGCAAUUAUAUUCUCAAAAAGCAUAUUUACAUCAUUAUAUGAAGUAUGAUAUUGAUGAACAAGAAUUUCUUAGUUCGUUUAUCAAUGUCGAACAAAUUAUUCAAUCAUACAAACAAUUGUAA